AUGACACUAGACCACUUGCUAAGGAGAUUAUAACUAGAAAAAGGCAAACUAUAUUUAAUUAAAAUUUGUAGUACUGGUACUCAUUUCUUGUUUCUAAAGGAACUGAGAAUGAUUCUCAAGUUAUCAUCACAAUGAUGAAAUAAAUGAAGAUUUGACGUUGAACGGAUGAAACACGUAUAAAUAGAGGUCUACACGGAUCAUAUGAAACACAAUCCCAUUUUGUUCUCUGAACUGAUAAUAACAUAUUAACAUACAAGAUUACUAUUGUGGAAGAUGUACAAACUAAUACCUCACGUGUUAUUAUUGUUACUAGUCACUCAUGCGUACACCUAUGUCUCAGCCGUCCAUCUCCAACCCGAUUCCAUGACAGGAACUGAGGUAGAUUUCCCCGGUUGGCGGCGAGAGCUUCGAGGCGGAGGUGGCGGAGGAAGCAGUGGUGGUGGAAGUGGUGGUGGUGGAGGAGGUCGUGGUGGUGGUGGUGGAAGUAGUGGCGGUGGAGGAGGUCGUGGUGGUGGUGGAGGUGGUAGCAGUGGUCGAGGGGGUGGUAGUGGUGGCGCUGGGAAUCGUCGAGGCGGUAGCAGCGGUCGAGGAGGAGGUAGUGGUGGUUCUGGUGAUGGAGGAUCUUCUGAGAGCGGUAGCGGUGGGGGCGGCAGUGGGGGAAAUGGUAAUGGCGGUGGUAGCAGCGGUGGCGGUCACAUUACAAGAAGCGGCGGUGACUGCCUCAAACACUGGGGCUUGACGGGUACUCUAUUAUCUAUCGUCUUCGUAAGCUGUUUGAUCUUUAUAAAUUAAAACAGAAAUUACAUGUAAUUAAAAAUAGACUUUGAUAACAAUGUCUUUGGUGCUAAAGUUUGCUUUAUUGUACAGUUGUAAUGUAUUGUGUUUUGACUAUUAUUUUGCACAUAUGUAUUUUAAAAAUGUUCUAAUAUUAAAGCAAGGGCAUUGCAUGAACAAUUAUCUCCUCUCAUAGUACAAAAUGUUACUAUUUAAAUCGGUAGUUGUAAUAUUUGAUUCCAGCUACUAGAUACAGAAAAGAUCAUAAACAGAACAUGCCCUCCAUUGACAUGGAAUAUAAACUCUUUCAAGCUUCUUAUAGUCCAGGCAGAUCCUUCUGUGCUAGAUGUUUCGUUGCCGUCGAGACUCAAAGAACAGUUAGUGUUGUCACGCGAAUCUCCAACCUCAUUUUAAUCUCAAUCACAGGCUCGCGCUCUCCAAUCUCUACAGAAUUGAGAUUAUAAUAAUCGAGAAGAAAUGGUAAACGUUUGAAAACGACGCAAGAAUUGAACAUAAUUUUAAAAAUCAAUUUCGUUGAAAUUCAAUGAGAUACUUGGUCGUUCGCUGCUACUAUAAUACGACAUUUUCAAAUUCGACCACUUAUACGAGUUCUAAAUUCGGAAAACUAGAUUCACCACAUGUUUGUGUAAUAAUAAAACUAAAUAUAUUUAUACAAAGUUGAGCAGUUCUUCUUCUUAGGGAGAGUGGUCAUCGUACAGAGAGUCGAUGACGGUGGUAAAAACCGGUGAAAUAGUAGAUCUAACCGAAGGAAAGACUGUGAGAAAGAGAGGUUAACAUCAUCACCCGACUAGUCUACAGAAGCAUAGAGGUCUUGGCCGGAGAUUAACAAUACAAUUUUGAUUGGUUUUGGGUUUUAGAGUUAUUCUUGGAUUCAUUCCCUAGUGAACCAGCCAAUAAGAUUUCAUUAUUUCAAAUUCGAUAUCUUUUAAAAAAGGAAACAAAAUAUUUUCAAAUUAUAUUAUGUUUUUAAAAUAUAAAAAAGAUAAUAGUUACAGAAAAAAGA